AACAUCAGCCAUCAAAUACGGGAAAUCAAAGCGUCAGACCAGUCCGGAUUUAAAAGUAACGCAAAGAAACGAGGAACAGAAAAAGGAACCUGGAGUAACAUUUCCUUCCAAAGUAUCUUGUCUCAUUUUGCAACAGGCUCCUCAACCUGGAGACUUAAUAAGUGAGUAACCCACCUGCAGCUGCCAAGAUGUCAGAGCUGAACUGCUCUCUCGCUGCUCUUGUCAUGACCGCUGCCACGGUCUUCAGUGACAUGGGCUGCCCGGAGAUUGCUGUGAUGUGUGGGAUGAACAUCUCUUGGGUCUUGGCCAAUGCCACUGAACAAGAUGUGAGGGAAAUGUGUCUGAGUGAGGAGGAGUACCUUACUCUGCAACUGGGGCCAGCAAAGUCCCCCAGGUUUCUUCCUGUGUGUAUCACCUACCUGGUCAUUUUCAUGGUGGGUGUUCUGGGAAACUCCUUGACCUGCGCUGUGAUUUUGCGCUACAAGGUGAUGCAGACCCCCACCAACUACUACCUGCUCAGCCUGGCCGUCUCGGACCUGCUGGUGCUGCUGCUUGGCAUGCCGCUGGAGCUCUACGAGAUGCAACAGAACUACCCCUUCCUGCUCGGGGAGGGGGGAUGCUACUUCAAAAUCUUUCUGUUUGAGACGGUCUGCUUCGCCUCCAUCCUCAACGUUACGGCCCUCAGUGUGGAACGUUACGUGGCGGUGGUGCACCCCCUCAAGGUCAAGCACCUGGCAACACGAGCUCACGUCAAGAGGGUCAUCUUAGUGCUGUGGGGGCUGUCCAUGCUGUGUGCCGUGCCGAACGCCAGCUUGCACGGGAUAGUGGUGCUUCCCCCACGGUUUGGACGAGAGUUUCCCCGAUCUGCCAUUUGUAAUGUGGUCAAGCCUGCCUGGAUGUAUAACAUGAUCAUCCUGGUCGCCACCUUGGUCUUCUUUGCGCUCCCUUUGCUGAUCAUUAGCAUUCUUUACCUGCUCAUUGGCCUGCAGCUGCACAGGGAGAAGGUCAGGAACACGGCUGCAGCUAAUGGCGACAGCCUUGGACCCGACUCCUUGUCCAGAUCCCACAGGCAGAGACUGAGCAAACGCAACCUGCAAGUCACCAAGAUGCUCUGCGUGCUGGUGGUCGUCUUCAGCCUCUGCUGGGCUCCCUUCCACGUGGACCGCUUGAUGUGGAGCUACAUCGACCCGUCGUCCGCUCGGCACCAGGCGAUCUUCGAGGGCGUCCACAUCGUCUCCGGCGCCUGCUUCUACCUGAGCUCCGCCGUCAACCCCGUCCUCUACAACCUGAUGUCGACGCGGUUCAGGGAGCGGUUCGGCCACAUCACGUGCCGCGCCAGGGGCUGCCCGGCGCGUGCGCACUUCCAGAAGAGCCGGCGCGGCACCUCGAGCGAGGAAGCGCACAACAGCAAGAAAUGGACUUAGCGGAACCUCUGGGGGGGUGGGAGGGGGAAGUUCACGGAAAGUUGUCAGAAAUAAAUUGGCAAAAGAAGUAACUGAAAAAACAACAACAACAAAAAACAAUGGGAGUCACAAUUCGUUUAUAUGGUAAUUUAAUGAGCACCGAACUCCUCUGGAGGAUUCCGGGCUGACCGCCAUGUCAUGAUGGCUCCAAAUGAGGGAAGAUCUGUUCAUUGCGCCACCAGAGCUUUUAAAAAGAAAUUCUAUUAUAAGCAUCAAAGCUUUAACCUAUAGGCAGAAAACCUAAAGACUCUCUGCGUGCUUACAAUUCUAUAUUUAUUGCUCAUUAUUGUGGUCCAAAAACACCCCGGAAGUUAAGCAGGAAGGAUUUUACUCGUCACUGAACCGUUGUGAAAGCAGAGAAAUAGACUAAAGUGGAUGAAAUGGCAGGUUUUCCCACAUAUUAAUCUGCACAAUUUAACAAAAAAAAUAGGGGGG